AUGGAUCAACUGGACAGAGCUGAACGUAAGCUGGAAAAUUUACAAAAACGCGAGUUAGAGAGACAGUUAAACAUACAACAGUAUAGAAAUGAUUUCCUGGACGCUAAAAGCGAAACACUUGAUUACGUUUUCAAUAAUUUCAAAGAAAAAGAAAAUGAAAUCUUAAAUUUGAUUAAAAACUCACCAGUAAUACCUAAGGAUAAGCUACCAGCAUAUUUUGAUAAUAUCUCCAAACAAAUAUUAAUUCUACAGAAGUAUAUAGCUAGUAGUAAUAUGUUUCUAAGAACUUAUGAUAUUGAAGUGUACCAGAAAACUAUUCAGAACCUUAGCAUGCAGUUAAAAGAAACCGAAGCGCAAUUAAUGCCUAAGAAAAAGUUUGGAUUCAGAAACAAAAAGAUUGCAAUUGAAAAGAUUAAUCGGGAUGUCGUUGAUAGCAAAUUAAAUGGCGGUCAACAUCAUCAAUCGAAAGAAAUAACAUUAGAUGAGAAUUAUUGCGGUUUUAAAAACGAAGACAACAAAACUUUAAAAUUAUUGGCGGCAGAUACUUGUAAAAAGGAUGUUAGUCUAAGCAAUUUAGUCAAUUGUACAGUUUAUAUUCAUGGUGCUCCAUCCACAUUGCAUGUUAGCAAUAUUAAGAAUUGUACAAUUUACUCGGGCCCGGUGUCGACCUCCAUAUUUGCUGACAAAUGUGAGGAUUGUUUUAUGUUUAUCAGUUGUCAACAAUUGCGGCUGCACAGCUCGAAGAGGGUUGAUAUUUAUUUGCAUGUUACCAGCAGAGCAAUUAUGGAGGAUUGUACACAGAUACAAAUUGCACCUUACAAUUAUUCUUAUAAUGGUAUUGAGGAGGAUUAUGCGGUUGCGGGAUUGAAUCGUGAUAUUAACAAUUGGCAAUGCGUUGAUGAUUUUAAUUGGUUGAACAGCGAGAAGAAGUCUCCGCAUUGGAGUAUUCUAGAAGAGGCUAACCGAAGUAAUUUAAAUAACCACCACGCUUAGGUAUAUAAAGCGCAUGUUUUCUGAACAACUUUAUUAUGUAAAAUUUGAUUAUUUGUAAUAACUAUUAAAGUUUAAACCAGUAAAACAGCUAUUAAAGUUUUAUAGAAAGCA